UUCUUGUGCGCAUCUUCUCUCAUCUCUCACCUUGCCUUCGGUCUUCCUGAAAACUCGACUGGAAAUAUGACGACUCCUCGUGGUGCUAAGCGGCGCAGGGAUACGACGCCUCUCGAUUCCUCGCCCUCAGCGCGUGCAGCCUCGACGCGCCACGAUCGCGACCAAGAAUCAUCUCUCCCGCCAUCAUCUCCUCCUGCAUUCUCCGACACUGAUGAGAGUAUCGAUGAGCGUGACGCGGUGAGAGACGUCGAUGACGGUGUUGAAGAUGAGGAUGGCGAGGAUCUCUUCGGCGAGGGGCUCGAAGACGACUACGCCGGAAAUCAAAUUCUGGACCGUUACUCUGAUUCCGGAGUCAACGAUGCAGAAGAGUUCGCAGAGAUGACAAUCGCUCAGCGACGCGCAGCCGAGGCUAAGAUGGCUCAGAGGGACCGUCGCGAACAGGGUGGUAGGCGGGGAAUGCGAGCCGCUCGUAGAAAUCGCAUGCCAGAGUUCCUCGAAAGUGACGAUAUGGACGAGGACCAGCCUGGACGCAGCCUUCUGGCCGGCACCAAAAUGCGCGCUAGAAGGCAAUAUGACGAGAGGAAAGAUCUGGAUGACAUGGCUGGUAUUGAAGACGAGAUACCCAUUGAACAACUAGGCGACAUCAAAGCAAAGUCCAUCGUUGAGUGGAUCGCGAACGAACGCGUCCGCAGAUCAAUUAUCAGGCACUUCCGCCAAUUCUUAAUGACGUAUGUGGACGAGCACGGUGCCUCCGUGUAUGGUCAACGUAUUCGUCACUUGGGAGAGAACAACUCUGAAUCACUCGAGGUUUCAUAUGUGCAUCUCGCGCUGUCCAAGCCAAUCCUCGCCUACUUUCUGACAAACUCGCCAAGCGCCAUGCUUGCGAUCUUCGACGAAGUGGCGCUAAACGCCAUCCUUGUGUAUUACCCCUCCUACGAGCGCAUCCACUCGGAGGUCCACGUACGCAUUACGGACCUGCCUCUCAGCUCGUCACUCCGAGACCUCCGCCGUUCCAAUCUCAACAACCUCGUCAGGGUUUCCGGUGUUGUGACACGGCGCACCGGAGUCUUCCCUCAACUGAAAUAUGUCAAGUUCGAUUGUCGCAAAUGUGGGGCUGUGCUGGGUCCUUUCUAUCAGGAUGCCACCAAGGAGGUCAGAGUUAGCUACUGCCCCAACUGUGAGGGCAAAGGGCCAUUCUCGGUGAACUCGGAGCAAACAGUUUACCGGAACUAUCAGAAGAUGACCCUUCAAGAAUCUCCUGGCUCCGUUCCUCCUGGUCGUCUGCCGAGGCAUCGUGAAGUGGUCUUGCUUUGGGAUCUCAUCGACUCAGCCAAGCCAGGAGAGGAGAUCGAGGUGACGGGCAUCUAUCGCAACAACUUCGACGCGUCACUCAACUCGAAGAACGGCUUUCCGGUGUUCUCCACCAUCAUCGAGGCGAACCAUAUCAACAAGAAGGAGGACCAAUUCGCGGCCUUCCGGCUCACAGAGGAAGACGAGAAGGAGAUCCGUGCACUGGCUCGAGACGACCGGAUCCGCAAGCGGAUCACCAAGUCGAUUGCUCCUUCUAUCUACGGACACGAGGACAUCAAGACGGCUCUCGCGCUCUCACUCUUCGGUGGCGUGUCCAAGGAUAUCAAUCGCAAGCAUCGCAUCCGCGGUGACAUCAACGUCCUUCUUCUGGGAGACCCGGGAACAGCCAAGUCGCAAUUCCUCAAGUACGUCGAGAAGACGGCGCACCGAUCUGUGUUCGCCACUGGCCAGGGUGCGUCCGCGGUCGGCCUGACCGCGAGCGUACGCAAGGACCCGGUGACGCGCGAGUGGACACUCGAGGGUGGUGCCCUGGUGCUCGCCGACAAGGGGACAUGCCUCAUUGAUGAGUUUGACAAGAUGAACGACGCUGAUCGGACGUCCAUCCACGAGGCGAUGGAGCAGCAGUCGAUCUCCAUUUCCAAGGCAGGCAUCGUCACGACGCUUCAGGCACGCUGCGCGAUCAUCGCUGCGGCGAACCCCGUCCGCGGGCGGUACAACCCGACGAUUCCAUUCCAGCAGAACGUCGAGCUGACAGAGCCGAUCCUGUCACGUUUCGACGUGCUGUGCGUUGUGAAGGAUACUGUGAAUCCGGUCCAGGACGAGCUUCUGGCGCGGUUCGUGGUUGGCAGCCACUUGCGGAGCCACCCGAAGUUCGAGCCCGAGAUGGAUGAGAUGGACGUGGGGACGACAUUGGAUGCUGAUGUCAUCCCGCAAGAUCUUCUGCGGAAGUACAUCAUGUACGCACGGGAGAAGAUCCGCCCCAAGCUGUACGACCUUGAUCAGGAGAAGAUAUCGCGUCUCUUUGCGGAUUUGAGGCGAGAGUCGCUGGCCACGGGCUCAUUUCCCAUCACUGUGCGUCACCUGGAGAGCAUGAUUCGCAUGGCGGAGGCGAGCGCCAAGAUGGCGCUGCGAGAGUAUGUUCGAGCGGACGAUAUCGAUCUCGCAAUCUCCGUCGCCGUCGGCAGCUUCGUUAGUGCACAGAAGAUGUCCAUCAAGAAGACUCUUGAGCGAGGAUUCCGCAAGUACCUCACGCAGGCGCGUGAUCACGAAGAGCUGCUCGCGUUCAUCUUGGGGCAGAUCGUGAAAGAAAAGGCGCGAUAUUAUCAGUUGCAUAAUAAUCAGCAGCCGGAGGUCGUUUCCAUCAAGACUUCCGAGCUGGAUGAACGGGCGAAGGAACACGAUAUCUUUGACACGACGCCUUUCCUGCGGUCGAAGCUGUUCGCUGCGAACGGAUAUAGGCUAAAGGACGAUGUGAUCGAAAAGAUAUUCACGCAUUCCGAGUGAGAGGCGUAUCUCAGGCUAUCUGCUCAGGCUGCGGCUGCGAUCGACGGCUAGUGAUUGCCAGUCACAGUACCAUAAAUGUUGUGUUCUUGCCAUGUGCCGAGAUGGUAUCAGCUGCUUGUCGCUUGAAUGUACGAAGGCUGCCUCGUGUUGUUCUGUGUUCCGACCUGUGUCAUGGGCUUCCGAUGCGUGGAAUGUACGACAUAUAUUACUCUGAUAUUAGUUGCAUUGUGGUGU